AGGCGAGAGCAUAGUAACCCUUUAUAUGCUUGUCAUAUUAGCACACGUUGUUACAGUGUGACCAGGUUGCCAUGAUGUCAUUGUGACAAGUGCACAAGUCCCUCCUUUUGUCUGACGUCAUUUGUCAGUCUGAUUUCCUGAGAAGUGAUCCGGCCUUGCGGAAGGAAACAUGCCUCACACAACAAAACUGUAUGAGGACAUUCCUUCAACUUGCUGGCCAAUUGUGUAUUCUACUGACUAUAACAUCACGUUUAUCGGACUUGAGAAACUCCAUCCUUUUGACUCCGGAAAAUGGGGAAAAGUUAUAAACUUUCUCAGAGAUGAGAAGCUGAUAACAGAUGACACUAUUGUAGCAGCUAAGGAGGCGACUGAGGAAGAUUUACUGGUUGUACAUACUAGACGCUACCUAAACAAAUUGAAGUGGUCAUAUGUGGUGGCCACAAUAACGGAGAUCCCACCACUUUUCCUGCUCCCCAACUUCCUAGUGCAAAGAAGAGUGUUAAAGCCCCUGAGGACUCAGACAGGGGGGACUAUAAUGGCUGGGAAACUGGCUAUUGACAGAGGAUGGGCGAUAAAUGUUGGCGGAGGCUUCCAUCACUGCUCCAGUGAUAAAGGUGGAGGAUUCUGUGCAUAUGCGGAUAUUACAUUAGCUAUAAAGUUUUUAUUUGAUCAUGUUGAAAGUGUAUCCAAGGCAACCAUAAUAGACCUGGAUGCCCAUCAGGGUAAUGGACAUGGAAGAGAUUUCAUGGAUGAUAAAAGGGUCUACAUUAUGGAUGUGUACAACCGGCAUAUUUAUCCUGGAGAUACUAUAGCAAAGCGAGCAAUAAAACGGAGGAUUGAGCUAGACUGGGGCACUGAAGACAAAGAAUAUCUGGAAAAAGUAGAAACACAUGUCAAAGGGGCACUGAAUGAAAUCACUCCAGAUGUGAUCGUGUACAAUGCAGGCACCGAUAUAUUGGAUGGGGAUCCACUUGGAGGUCUGUCCAUUUCCCCUCAAGGAAUUAUAAAGAGGGAUGAGAUUGUGUUCCGCAUCGCCAGAAGCCGCUCAAUCCCUAUCCUGAUGGUCACCUCUGGAGGAUACCAGAAGAGGACAGCGCGGAUAAUCGCAGAUUCCAUUCUCAAUCUGCACAACCAAGGCUUUAUUGAUAAGACUUUGUCAGGAUCACAUGACUCUGGUAUUUGAUCUCUGGUUUGAAAGCUCAACUGACAUUUAAACUGACUCAAUGUGAAAGUCAUUUUUGUUUUAAAAAAUGUAAUAUAAAAUCUAAAAUACUAUGUAUUUAUUUGGAUGGAAAAGAAAAAGAAGCAGGAAAUGCUGGAGCACCUUGAUUUUGAAUGAUUACCAAUGGCAUUGUUCUUGGUAAUACAUUUAUAAAGCCAUUUCAUUACAGUUCAGCUGGAAAAAGGACAUAACACUGUUUAAUCACUGUUUACAUUGUACACAUUAAAAGAGGCUCUGUAAGUAAAAAAAUAAUCAUCCAAACAUAUUCCUAGUGUGUGGUUUAUCACAAUUUCUGGGCUUCUCUUUUUAGAGAGUAAUUUUUGUCAGUUUGUUGCCAAGCUGUAUUUGUAGCAAUAGGGGAAUAGGAUAAUCUCUCACGCAGCGUCAAUAAUUACUUUUGCAGGGUGUUUAGGAACCUUCUCCUGGUGGGUUAUGCUGCAUCUGAAUGUCAUCUGCAUCACACAAGGAGAUAGCUUUUGCUUCUGGGCAGUGGUGAUUGAUAGCUCUAGGGCUGCUAACCGGAAGCAGGGGGCAGAAACAGCUGUCAGUCAUGCUAAGGGCCUGAUUCAGUGUUCUACUGCAACUCAACGGUUUGUGUACUACAUCGAUAUUAAGAGAUCUGCACAUGUGUAGGUCUCCAGCUGCGAGAUCGCUCACAGCUCCAAGACGCAGCACUGUUAACGGACGGGGAAGGAUGACAGCUUUUCACAGUGCCGUAACUAGACAUUUUAGCGCUGUGUGCAAGAAACAGCAUCAAGGCCCCACCCCCAUAUACAAAACAGGGCCAGUGCGCGCUGUAAAGAAAUAUAGGGGCAUGGCUUCAUGGGGAAGGGGGGUGGUACAGAGCUCCCUUUUACACAUUAUGGCAGCAGAGUCCCCCUUUUUUUACACCUUAGGCAGGCAGAGUCCCCUUUUUUUACACAUUAGGAUGGCAGAGUCCCCCUGUUUUCACAUUAGGCUGGCAGAGUCCCCCUUUUUUACACAUUACAGCAGCAGAGUCCCCCUUUUUACACAUGAAGCAGGCAUAGUCCCCUUUUUACACAUGAAGCAGGCAGAGUCCCCUUUUUACACAUGAAGCAGGCAGAGUUCCCUUUUUACAUAUUAGGCAGCAGAGUCCCCCUUUUUGCACAUGAGAGAGAGAGAGAGUGCAUGUGUGUAUUAUACUUUCCUGUGACCAGCUGGCAGGCCUCUCCUCUUCUCCUUCCUGCCUGAGUCCUUCUCCUCCUCCCCCAGCUAGCAGCUCCUCGCGGUGCAGGGCAGGGCGAAGGGCAGAGUAAGAGACGUCUGAUGUCAGCACGUCUCUCCCGAGUUGCAGGGAGUGGUGAUCUGGCAUCCAGAGGUGGACACUCAUGUCCCGGGAGCUGGAGGCUGCGGAAGCGCUCCCGAGUCCAUUGCAGCAGCGGCGGCGCUGGCGGGAGUGAGUCGGACUGGAUAUAGCAGCUGUGCGGGUGAGGGAUGUGCUGCCAGAUGGUGCUCUUUCAGUGCAUUUGCGCUGUGGGCAAGGCAACAUUGGCACACACCUAGUUACGGCCCUGGCUCUUCAAAAUGGGAGCACAUCCCUGUUUUGAAGGUGUUCCGAGGCCAGGCAGUUGUAUUCCAUUGCCCGUUAAGCUUAGAUUUACUUAGAUGGGCAAUAACUGUAGCCGUCGUGUGAUCUGAUGUUGCAUCCAAAGACACAGCAGCGAUGCAAACUGCGUCUGCCUCUGAAUCCGACCCUAAAUACAAUCCACAGCCAGAACAUUUUAGUGACCAAGGCUAAAGUUAUCCUAGAGGAUCUCGGCAAUCAGGUAACAUGCAGGAUGUAUCGUUUUUUUUUUUUAACUAGAUGGCACUAAUUGGCAACACUUCCUCUUCAAUAAUGACCCCAACAGUGGGCACCACCAAUAAAGGAUAUCUUAAUUUUUACAUUUGCACUAAUGGGGAUAAUUAUUACAAGAGAAGCAGUUGUCCAACAGUAGAUAGCCGCACUAAAACCAACACAUGUCCACAUACACCUUUGUUCAAAUCGCCACAAAUAGCCCCAUUUGGGUUAGCUCAGACCUCUUGACUUAAAGUGCAUACACACUGAGAUAUUUUCCCUGUGCCAGCGAUGUUC